AUGUCGAACUACGGCGGUGAAUACAAUGGCCAACAUGCCCAAGGUUCCUAUCCACUUCAUCAAGCCCACUCUCAAGACCCAUACUCCUGCGGUCCUGGAUGCAGACCAGCAGUACCUAUGGCCCAAGGCCAUAAACCGUCACCCUACCAGUCCCACCAGAGCCAGAGUUAUGGCGAGAAUUACUCCUAUUACCAUGACGCCCCACCUCCGGGUGCAGAGGGCGCUGCUCCUGGGACCGAGGCACCCGAUGGUGAGAAGGGUCUUGGUUCAACCAUUGCAGGCGGUGCGGCCGGGGGAUAUGCAGCCCAUAAGAUGGGCGGUGGAAAGCUGGCGACCGCAGGGGGCGCGGUUGUUGGGGCUGUGGGUAUGAACAUGGUUAGCCACAAGCUGAAACAGAACAACAGCCAGCAACCUGCCCAGACCAUUGCAGCUGUUCCCGUCGCAGCAACCCCUGCUUUUGGCACUACUACCAUCUUGACGAACGACGGUCUCGGUGGAAGCCUCGGUCUGGGCUCAGGUCUGGGUGUAGGUGGCGGCCUCGGUCUGGGUCGAGCUCAUCGGAGGAUUGCCCGUCGGCGACUUGGCUUGUAA